GACGGCCCCGAGGGGUGAGGGGCCAGGCGGCUGGGGGUCUCUCCCACAGCGCUGCCCACCACGGCCCGCCUCCUCCCUGAGGUAUAAAAGCCUGGGCUCAGCGCUUGUCGGGCAUUGCCCUUCGUGCCGAACCGACGGGGAGGACUCAGGCAGCCGGCGUCCCUGGGCGAGGAAGAUGCUGCCGAUCCAGAAGACCAUGAAACAGGGCAAAAGGGGUAUUCUAGAGCGCUUAGAUGCUGGAGAAAUUGUGGUUGGAGAUGGAGGAUUUGUCUUUGCUCUCGAAAAGAGGGGAUAUGUAAAAGCUGGGCCUUGGACUCCUGAAGCAACAGUAGAACACCCAGAAGCAGUCCGCCAGCUUCAUCGGGAAUUCCUCAGAGCUGGAUCUAAUGUUCUGCAAACAUUCACCUUUUAUGCCAGUGAGGACAAACUGGAGAACAGAGGCAAUUAUGUGGCUGAGAAAAUAACUUGCCAGAAAGUGAAUGAAGCUGCUUGUGACAUUGCAAGAGAAGUGGCUAAUGAAGGUGAUGCUUUAGUGGCUGGAGGAGUCAGUCAAACACCUUCAUACUUAAGCUGCAAGGAUAAAGCAGAGGUGAAAGCAGUUUUCCAAAAGCAGCUGGAUGUCUUUAUGAAGAAGAACGUGGACUUCCUUAUUGCAGAGUAUUUUGAACAUGUUGAAGAGGCUGUCUGGGCAGUUGAAGUUCUAAAAGAAUCUGGAAAGCCAGUCGCAGCUACAAUGUGCAUUGGUCCAGAAGGAGACAUGCAUGGUGUGUCCCCUGGACAAUGUGCUGUCCAACUGGUAAAGGCUGGUGCCUCUAUUGUUGGAGUCAACUGCCAUUUUGAUCCAGAUACUUCCCUGGAAACUGUGAGAUUGAUGAAGGAAGGCUUGCAGGCUGCUAAACUGAAAGCUCACCUGAUGUCCCAACCACUCGCUUUCCAUACACCUGAUUGUGGAAAGCAGGGUUUUAUUGAUCUCCCAGAAUUUCCCUUUGGUCUGGAGCCAAGAAUUGUAACCAGAUGGGAUAUUCAAAGAUAUGCAAGAAAGGCCUAUGAGUUAGGAAUUCGUUACAUUGGAGGUUGCUGUGGAUUUGAGCCGUAUCAUGUCCGAGCAAUCGCUGAGGAACUGGCUCCUGAAAGAGGAUUUUUGCCAGAAGCUUCUGAGAAACAUGGUAGCUGGGGCAAUAACCUGAGCAUGCAUACCAAACCCUGGGUCAGAGCAAGGGCAAGAAGAGAAUACUGGGAGAAUCUGAAGCCUGCUUCAGGCAGGCCCUAUUGUCCUUCGAUGUCAAAGCCAGAUGGGUGGGGAGUAACCAAAGGAGCUAAGGAACUGAUGCAACAGAAGGAAGCAACAAGUGAACAACAACUGAAGGAGCUCUUCCAGAAACAGAAGUUCUAAUCCACUGCAGCUGUGUAAAUGCUGAGUGAUUUACCUACAGAUCAUCUUCAUCUCAUGUUUCACAAGAAAAUCUGUGAAGAUGAGUACCCUGUUGAUUUAUCAAUUAACAUGUAAUGGAAGAGAAAAAAAUGCAGAAAGAAUGCGAUUAGAGAUUAAGUAUGUCAAACUUUGAUAGUAUCUUUCUCUGGACAAACAGUUUAAACAAUACAGUCAGGAGGAGGUUUGGAUUCUCAUGAUUAAUUGAGUUCCUGUUAGCUAGGUGCUAUUAAUUGGGCAGACACAAAAAUGCAUAUAAGUAAUAAUUGGUUCAACUCACCAGUAAAAAAGAAGAAAACCUCUAUGAAUACUGUAUCAAUGGACUUCCACUCCUGUGUCUGUUUUCAGUUUGGGGAUAUAAAGGCUCUUCCUCAGACCUCAAGGUUUGUUGAAGGCUACUUCAGAGAUAAAAAAGCUGCCAAUACUUGAGACACAUAGUUAUCUAUAGCCACUUUCUUGACUCCAAGAGAAUAAAAGUAAACUGGAAAAUAAUUGUAUAAUUUGAAUAAAAAUAUAAGGAGAAUAAUAUCAUGUGGUAAAUUCUUAUUUGGAGUAGAAAGGUUCAUAGAACUUUUAGGGAAGAAAAAUGACAG